AGACGGAAAGACAAGUCACCCCUCACACCACCACACUCUGUCUCGCCAUGCGGGGCAAACUAAGAAAAAGCGACUUACUGUUUGUUUACAUUUACAAGUGUGCUCCCCUCACAGAAAUAUCCCUUGUUAAUCUCCCUAUUUCUCUAUCUCUCUCCCUACCACAGUACCCGUAAAGACAACAGUGUGUGCGUGUGUGUAUGUGUGUGUGUGUGUGUGAGUGUGGGCAGCGGACAUCAACACAGCAAUGAAAUAGUAAUAUUGCUCCUGUAAAAAGUAAAGUUAGGGCGUAUUUCUCACCUGUUGUCACGCCCACGCCAGCCAUGUCCAGGGGUGUGGUGUGUGUGGUGGUGAGUGUGGUGGUGAUGGUGUCAGCCUCCUCCUCCUCCUCCUCCUCAGCCUCCUCCUCCCUCUCGUGUCCCGUGGUGAUGCAGACGAGUGGACAGGUGGAGCGGCGUCUCAUCAAUGCUGGUUUCCAUAGAGACCUGGAGACGACCGUGUUCUUGUCAUCUCCGGAAGAUUUAGACUCCUGUGUGGUGCUUCUGAAGGAGACUUUUCCCCCGGGCUCCUUUGUUGACCCCCACCAGCUGGCCUUCCUCCGCGCCUUGGGGGGACCUGAUUUCUACGUUCCCCAGAUGAUCAACGUGGAGACACCAGAACACCAGUCACCCCGUGUCAUCGCUUACUUCUUCACCCACGUUGAGGAAAUGACUGAUGGACGCUGGCUGGCUAACAUCUCUGUCCCCAUCCAUUUCCGCUAUCACAGGGCAUGGAGCGGACAGAACCAGCCAUCCCUGGAGGCUCACGUGCACAUCCCUCACCCCGCUGUGCUGCUCCACUGUGAUGCAGGGGUGUCUGAUGCCUGCAGCCCCCUCGUGCACCUGGAGCCGUGUCCCCCAGCCGGCCCCCAGCUGUGUCAGUGGCUGCCUGUGCAUACCUUCAGCACAAGUGAGGGAGCAGUGGCAUCAAUUCCCGUUGGCAACACUGACUUGCUGGACACAGUGUUGCUCACCACCACCUGCCUCACUGCCGCUGCCACCCUGCUCAUCCUGGCCGCCCUUGCCAAGAAGACGCCACCCUCACCACACACAUCGUCAUCAUCAGCCCCUUCCGCCACUGUCUUAGGGCGUCACCUCUCUCUUGCUGUCUUGUCUUGCCUUUCUUUUGCUCUUUUGCUCUUUUUUUUCUUUUUCUCUCUUUCUGGUAAUUUUUUGUUAUGUCUUCCUGUUUUCUCUUUCUCUUUUGUCUCUUUUUUGUCUUUUUUUCUUUGUUCUCUUUUCCUCUUUUCUGCUUUAUUUAUAUUUUUCCUUCUGUUUUCUUCGUUUCUCUUUUCCUCUGUUCUGCUUCCUUUUAUCUAUUUUUUCCUCUCUCCUUUUCUCUUUCCAGUUUUUCCUUAUCUAUUUUUUUCUUUUAUUUUUUUCUUAUUCUCUUUAACUUUUCCUCUUUCCUAUUUGUUCCCCCUUUUUUUUUCUACUUCUAUUAACUACGGGAACUGUUUCAUCUAAGACACUAAUAUAUGUGCCAAUGUUUGAAAUUGUUAGCAGAAUAGUUGGCUUCCAUUGAAUUCUGUUCCACUAACUUUAAAUCUACUUCUAAAAACUCUCAGUCUGUUUCUUCUCUUAUUUUUCCUUCUGUAGCUUUUUAUAACAGUUGUCUUCCUCUCUAUAUAGAGUUGAUAAUUUCUUCUAUGUCCUUUUUCCUUUUCUCCUCUUCCUCUUUCUAAGUCUCACUUCUCAUGUUCCUCUUUUUUUUCCUUCCCAUCUUUCCAUUUUAUAAUAUCACUUUACUUUCAUAAAUUUGUCUUCCCUUGCCUCCUCCUUCUCUUUCUCAUCCUCCUAUUCUUCCUCCUUCUUCUAGUUACCAGUUUUGAUUUUCCUCAGUUUUUACUCUCCUUUUUUUCUUUCCCAUCUUUCAAUUCUAUGAUAAAUUUACUGUUACAAAUUUGUCUUCUCUUGCGUUCUCCUUCUUCUCUUUCUCCUCUUCUAGCUCUCAGUUUUUAUUUUCUCCUAUUUUUUUUCCUUCUCAUCUUUUAAUUCUAUGACAUCAAUUUACUGCCACAAAUUUGUCUUCCUCAAUACUGAUUUUCCCUUCACAACCUUCCCAUGUCUGCCAGUUGUAGUAUUAUAAGCACAGUAUUAUCUAGUCAGGUCUCCUCGGCAAUAGCUAUUUAUUGUAUCGCAUUGUUGUUGAUUCUUGGUUUGUUUUGCCUGGAGUCAGUUGGUGUAUUAUUUGAUAUAGAGUAAAUAAAUAUGCAUCAACUGGU